CUUCCUGAAAUGUUCGAACAUGCUGUCUACUUUGGAUUUGUCACGUGUUCGUAUCAAGUCACUGCCGAAUGAGAUAUUUAACUUGUUUAAUCUUCGUUUCUUGUGCCUUAGGCAUACUGGUAUUGAAAUUCUCUCCGAGGAAAUUGGACGAUUGCAGAACUUAGAGGUUUUGGAUGUGUUUAAUGCUGGAUUAUCGACUAUCCCAAAAGUUAUAGCGAAGCUCCGGAAGUUGCGAUACCUGUAUGUUGGCAAUUUAUUUUUAGAGGACAAGUACAAAGUCGCAGUUUUCACUGGAACAAGGGUUCCUGAAGGCAUAGUGCACUUGACAGGAUUGCACUCACUUCAGUAUGUUGAGUCAAAUGAAACAAUUUUGAGUCACCUCGGUGUUUUCACAGAGAUAAGAAACCUUGGUGUUGCCAACACAAGAACUGAACACUUUUCUGGAUUAUGCAACUCUAUCAUGAAGAUGAUCCAUCUUGUCCAUUUGAGGAUUUCAGCGUUAGAUGACGAACAAGUGUUGAAAGUGGAAGCACUUCGUUUGCCUCCAACUCUCUCGAUUCUCGAACUGAAGGGGCAGCUGGAGAAGGAGUCAAUCCAUCAGAGUCUAUCAUCCUUAUCACACCUCCACAACCUAUCCAAGUUGGUAAUGGCAUUCUCAAAGCUUGACCAAGACUCUCUUUACAGCCUUCAGAUGUUGCAUGGUCUAUGCUUUCUUCACCUUAUGAGAGCUUUUGAAGGGGAGAAACUGCAUUUUUGUGCAGAAUCCUUCCCGAAACUCCGGACAUUACGAGUGUGGGAUGCUCCAAAUCUCAGACAAAUUGAAAUAGAAGAAAGUGCAAUGCAAAGCCUUGCAAGGCUAACACUUCGUGACUGUCCAGAACUGAUGACAAUUCCUGAUGGCAUUGAGCACCUAGCAGCUCUGGAGGAACUUCAUCUUGAACAAGUAAGCGAGGAUCUCAUAGAGAAGCUUCGGCGAAAAGGUGGGGAACCAAGUAAAGAUCUUCUGAAGAUCAAUUACAUAAGGAAAGUCACUGUUCGAGUAAUCCACAAAAAUAUUUGGGAGAGAAUUCGGUGAACAGGUCCAAGUUCCUUCUUACUAAGCUAUCCUUUCAGAAAUAGGUGAACCGGAGUGAUCUUGUGAUUACAGAUAAUCAAGGAGAGUGCUCACGGUGGAUAUGGCAGAUACAGAGAGAGCGUAAGCUAUUACAGUUGAUGAGGUUGCUCUGCUGCCUGCUUUGCAAACGAGAUGACGCAUGGGGGACUGUUCUCCACCUCGAUCAUGGACCACCAAAUGUCUUACCACUCCAGAAGAGCAUGGGCAGGGAUCUGGGACAACAUGCUAAUUCUAGACCAUUGAAUGUUGUAUGCUGAGCAUAUGUUUAUGUUUAAAAUGUUGCCUAGUUAAUUGAUCAUAGUAUACAAAAUUGUGUGUAGUGAGUGCAAAUAGGUCGAGUAAUAUGAUUUGUAAAACCUUCACUGCAAUACAAUACAAACUAAAUUGAAAAAAAAUGGGACACAAUCAAAUUGUUUUUAAGUGGCACUUAGACAUAAUAUGUUGGUUUAUUGGGUAGGAUCCAGUGCGGUGACCACUGUGCAGUCACUACCAAUGACAUUUGGGCUCACAUGUCGGUGGCAAUGAGUACAACAACAGUCACCCCUGCAGA